AUGGACUUCAUCCUCAGGUACGAGUUCGUCAACACCGCGCCGGGCUACCAGCCGACCAACGGCAGCGAGUGCGACUUCGAGGCCAUCAGCGACGGCUACUCGCUGCGGACGGGGCGCGUGUUCUCGCCGCGGACGUCGGUGCUCUACGGCAGGUGGGGCCGCAAGAAGCUCUCGUGCCAGUACCGCCUCACGGCCCACAGCGACGAGGUGGUGCGCGUCACCAUCACCAAGUUCCACAGCGUCUCGCGCUCCUGCGUCACCACCACCAACAACUUCACGAAGGGCUACGACUGCGACAACCUCUCCGGCCAGACGGCGUCGCUGGUGCUGUCCGAAUACCCGUGGCAGGACAUCGAAGUCCCGAGACUCUGCACGUGCGACUACUCGGCCAUUCCCAUCGAAUACGAAUCGAAGUCACAAGAAGUGCGGCUCAGAUUUGAAGUCGACAACAUGGAUGACAAUCACGACUACAUGGACUUCAUGUUUGAGGCCCAGUACGAGUUCAUUAAGAAGUCCUCCUGCAAAAAGGUGCAGAGGCUGCAAGGUACAAACGGCCAGAUUGUGUUCCAGAGAGCCAACAAGACGGAGGACAAGCCGUGCGACAGCUACCCGUGGCUCCUGCAGACGUCGGACGCCCAGAAGUCGAUAUACUUCAGAAUACGAGGCUACGACCACAUCGACAAGAACUGCUCAACCUCCACCCGCCUGCUGGUGUUCAAGGUGGGGCGGCUGCGGCCCGUCGGCGUCCUGUGCCCCGACCCGACCAGCAAGAACGUCGUGGAGCUCUUCAGCUUCGCCUGGCAGGGCUCGGGCACCCUGGUGGAGCAGUCGACGGACAAGCUGGUGCUGGAGGUGUCGGGGCGCGACCCGACGCGGGACUCGGGGCCGCACACGCUCUCCUGGCUGCAGGUGUCGCCGGCGCGGCAGUACGACUGGUCGGCCGAGGGCAUCGUGCGCGGCUGCCAGCAGGAGUGCCCCGAGCUGGGCGUGUGCAUCAGCGAGGACCUGUGGUGCGACGGCAUCCACCACUGCCCCUCGGGCCACGACGAGCUCAUCGCCCACUGCUUCUUCCUGUCGGUGCCGUGGGCGUACAUCGGCGUGGGCUCGGCGCUGAGCAUCCUCUUCCUGGUGGGCGUGACGGUGUACGGCGCCGCCAGACUGCGGGCGUCCGACCACAAGACGCACCAGCACCAGCCCAUCCCAACGCUGCCCACGGCCUCCGAGUCCCUGUUCUCCUCCGACAAGGACGCGGCGGAGCGCGACGGCGGCGUCACCUCCGCCUACAGCCUGGACUACAGCGAGGUGGACUACGUCACGACGUUAUGA